AUGAGCUUCAGUAACGUUACCGGGUUACCAGAGGAACUUUUCAACCUGUUGGGCCUGAAGCAGUUACACAUCGCAUCACAAUCUCUUCGCGUGCUGCCCAUUUCGAUUGGUUGUCUCACCUCCUUGGAGUAUUUCGCUCUUCGCAACUGCCCUAUCGGCCAACUCCCGAGUGAUAUACUCCAGCUUCAUAACCUUAAGAUCCUCACCCUUUCCUAUCUGCCAAGCCUUGUUGCACUUCCGGAAUCAAUCUGUCUUCUUCCAGUGCUCUCCCACAUUUCACUAGACCACUGCCCUCAGUUCACCAGUCUACCAGAAAAUAUUUUCCAGCUGCCCGACCUGCAUACCCUGAAACUAGACAGACUGGCUGCUCUCACUGCGCUUCCCGAACCGCUCGGCCAGUUGCUGGCUGACCAACCCUUGGGAUCUCCCGUCCUCCGGCAUCUCUCCCUCCGCAACUGCCCACUUCUAUCCGCUCUGCCCGAAGAUAUCGGUCAGUUUUCGUCUCUCCAGCAGCUGCACCUGAUGCGCCUAGAUCAGCUUACUGCUCUUCCGCAUUCGCUGGGGUUUCUCUCAGCAUUGAAGGAGUUGAAAGUGGUUGAGUGCGGCGAACUUGAGAGCCUCCCCGAGUCCGUAUCCGCCAUGGAGGCCCUCACGAGCCUCAUUCUUGACGGCUGCAAUCUUUCAAGCCUGCCCGGAGACAUCGGGCAGCUCCACAACUUGGUUGCUGUGAAGCUGUUUUCGAGACGCCUUUCUCAUCUGCCAGACUCGUUCGGGCAGCUGGGGCAGCUGAAAGAGCUUACCAUUCACAAAUGUUACGACCUUUACAGGAUCCCUGCCUCAUUCGCCAACCUCUCCUCACUGGAAAAUUUGAUCAUCUAUGGUGGUUCUUCGCUCACUCACUUGCCUCCGGAUUUUGAGAGGCUGCCGAAGCUGUGUAGUCUAGAGCUCCUAAACUGCGCAAUCUCGUGCCUGCCCGAUAGUUUCGGGGAGCUGCCGAACCUAAAAAUCUUCAAACUUCAAACAACCGACGAGUACGAAAGGAUCGGGGUUGAGUCUGAACCUGGCAUGUUGUCCGCUCAUCUGGGUUAUCAGAGUGAAGGAGAAGAGUCUCACCACCUCCCUGAAUCCUUUCUUUCCCUCAUCCACCUUCGACACUUGAACCUAUACAACCUCCGAUCCCUCAAGCACCUUAAAGCCCCUGCACCCCUCAAGCAAACGCCAGCCAAAGCCGAAACUGAAGUGGAAAUCGUACCUCAUGCUCCUUUGGACGAUCGUCCUAAAGUGCCCGGGUCUAUCGGACAGGCUGGGUUGGGGCAUCUGUCGUCGCUGGUGCAUCUUCACAUUGUCAACUCCAACCUCCCCGCUCUUCCGAAAAACCUAGGCGAUCUGAAGGAGCUGAGGGUGCUGCUGCUCGAGAGAUGCCAAUCCAUGACAUCGCUUCCCGCCUCCAUGACCACCCUUCCCAAACUGCAGCAGAUUGAUCUCAAGUCCCUUCGUCGGCUAUCUCACCUGCCCGAGAAUCUCGGGCAGCUGAAGGCACUCAAAUACUUGCGUUUGGAGUCAUGCAGGUCUCUGGGGAACCUUCCUCCUUCCUUCACUCAGCUUUCCUCUCUGAUAGUGCUCAGCAUCGUUAACUGUCUUAAAAUCACUUGUCUCCCAGGUCCUCUGUCCUCUUUCACGCGCCUCUCCUCUCUAAAACUCAAUCGCUUGACAGGGUUACGCCUCCUUCCCUCGCCGUUCUCCCUCCCGUCACUCAAGCAACUGUCGCUCCGCGACUGCAAGCGGCUGAGGGCGUUGCCCUGCGAGUUGGGCAGUUUGUCCUGUCUGAGAGAGGUGGAUCUGGACGGGUGUUGGCAGGUGAAUCUGCUGCCUCAGUCGCUGGCGGAUCGGAUGCAUGUGAUUGAGAUGAAGGGCGCCUGGGGAGGUUAUUGCUGA